AAGCUCGCCGCGUCGCUCGAUUAGUAGUAGUUUAGAGCUUUUCUAGCGCAGAAAGUGAAGUGAGUGAUUUGUGCGGUGCCGGUGCGGUUCUCUAGUUCUGAGACCAAAAAGAAAGAAACGCAGACGGCGAUCGAAGAAGAAAACUCAGCGAAGCCACAAUCGCUUGAAUUUUCUGGAAAAGUCACCGCAGCCUAGAGCACAAAAAACACCGCCACAAAAACCGCACCUGGACAUACGAUGCAGUCUCUGUCUCUAGCCGUGACCCUGCUGGUUCUCGUGUUGGCCGUAGUCGUAACCGGCCAGCAGCAAAAAUACACCGACAAAUUUGACAACAUCAACGUGGACCAAGUUCUCGGUAAUGAUCGCAUCCUGAGCAACUAUCUCAAGUGCCUGCUGGAUAAGGGUCCUUGCACCCAGGAAGGACGCGAGCUGAAGAGACUGCUCCCGGACGCGCUGAAAACCAGCUGCGAGAAGUGCAGCGAGAAGCAGCGGACCAGCUCCCGCAAGGUCAUCAACCACCUGGAGACGAAGAAACCGGCCGAAUGGAAGAAACUUUUGGACAAAUACGACCCGGAGGGUAUCUACAAGAGCAAGGUCGAGAAGCUGGGCCGAGGUGCCUGAAGAACGGAGCCUCUGUGAAAAUUUGUGAUUCAAUAUGAUUUCAGCUUUAAGUUGGAGCAGAAAACACGUCGUAACAGUAUUUUGAACGCAACAAAUCUUUUUUUUUUUUUAAAUGACGAGUUAAAUUAUUGUACAAGUUUGACCAAGUGUCGGUGAAAAAUGCGAAUUUAUAUUUGUGAAGCCAUAAAGAUCAUUCAUGUAACAGACAGGAAUCUAUUUAAAAAACAAUUAAAGUGAAACAAACAA